UCAGAGAGAAAGACACUAAGUGAGCCAGUGAAAAUCCGAAUCGCUGCUACGCCUCAUUUGCAUUCGCACCAAACAAAUAGCCAGGGUGCGUGCGUUAGCCCACACUCCGUUUCUUCGCGCUAGAAGACUCAGAGGUUUCCAUCAUGCCCGAGCCCGCGAAGUCGGCCCCUGCCCCGAAGAAGGGCUCCAAGAAGGCGGUGACCAAGGCGCAGAAGAAGGACGGCAAGAAGCGCAAGCGCAGCCGCAAGGAGAGCUACUCGGUGUACGUGUACAAGGUGCUCAAGCAGGUGCACCCCGACACCGGCAUCUCGUCCAAGGCCAUGGGCAUCAUGAACUCGUUCGUCAACGACAUCUUCGAGCGCAUCGCGGGCGAGGCGUCGCGCCUGGCGCACUAUAACAAGCGCUCGACCAUCACGUCGCGCGAGAUCCAGACGGCCGUGCGCCUGCUGCUGCCCGGCGAGCUGGCCAAGCACGCCGUGUCCGAGGGCACCAAGGCCGUCACCAAGUACACCAGCUCCAAGUAGGCUCGUCACGGCUUCCUGCGGACCCAAAGGCUCUUUUCAGAGCCACCACGUUCUCCGGAGAAGCAGCUGUGCUGUUGUGCGGGGGUGAG